CCCAAGGUCCUGCCCUCACGCAUGCGCGGAGCUCUCUCUUUAGCCCCAUCUCCACCCCUCAGCUGCUCUCUUGGCUCGCCCCUCCUCUUCCGCGACCAAUUAGGGAAAAGAGGCGGGAUCGCGACUGCCGCGGUGCUCUUCGGGUAGUAUCCCUAGUUACUGUUGCUAAGGCUGCGGGGUCGCGGAGAGUGGUGGGAGUAAGAAGUUUUGGAAGCGAGGCCCGAGCGAGAGAGAGGUCAAGGGUCAGUCAGAGCAGGGGAGGAGAUGGUGAAGCAGACUAUCCAGAUUUUCGCGAGGGUAAAGCCCCCUGGCCGGAAGCGUCAACAAGGGAUUUAUUCCAUAGAUGAAGAUGAAAAAUUAACACCUAGCUUGGAAAUUAUCUUACCACGCGAUUUGGCAGAUGGAUUUGUGAAUAAUAAGCGAGAAUGCUACAGAUUUAAAUUUCAAAGGAUUUUUGAUCAUGAUGCAAAGCAAGAGAUCAUUUUUGAAAACAUUGCCAAACCAGUUGCUGAGAGUGUUCUGGCGGGUUACAACAGUACCAUCUUUGCAUAUGGGCAGACAGGAAGUGGCAAGACCUUCACUAUCACAGGUGGGGCUGAGCGCUACAGCGACAGAGGCAUUAUCCCAAGGACGCUGUCGUACAUUUUUGAACAGCUACAAAAGGACAGCAGCAAAAUAUAUACAACACACAUUUCCUAUUUGGAAAUCUACAAUGAAUGCGGUUAUGAUCUAUUGGAUCCAAGACACGAAGCCUCCAGAUUGGAAGAUAUGCCGAAAGUGACAAUUUUGGAGGACCCUGAUCAGAACAUUCACCUGAAAAACCUGUCUCUUCAUCAGGCAAUGACAGAAGAAGAAGCUCUGAAUUUGCUGUUCCUGGGAGACACCAACAGAAUGAUUGCAGAGACACCUAUGAACCAGGCUUCAACCCGUUCCCACUGCAUCUUCACUGUUCAUCUGUCAAGCAAGGAGCCAGGAUCUGCAACCGUCCGGCACUCCAAGCUCCACCUGGUCGACCUGGCUGGUUCCGAGCGAGUUGCCAAGAGCGGAGUCAGUGGCCAACUUCUAACAGAGGCCAAGUACAUCAACUUGUCCCUGCAUUACUUAGAGCAGGUCAUCAUUGCCCUGUCCGAGAAGAACCGCUCGCACAUUCCUUACAGGAACUCCAUGAUGACCAGCGUCCUCAGGGACAGCUUAGGGGGAAACUGCAUGACGACCAUGAUUGCGACACUCUCCUUGGAGAAAAGGAAUAUUGAGGAGUCCAUAUCUACGUGCAGAUUCGCACAGCGAGUGGCGCUCAUAAAGAACGAAGCAGUCCUUAACGAAGAAAUUGAUCCCAGAUUGGUGAUUGUCCGCCUGCAGAAGGAAAUCCAGGAGCUGAAGGACGAACUGGCCAUCGUCACCGGGGAGCGGAGGACAGAGGCGCUCACGGAAGAGGAACUCCUGCAGCUGGAAAAACUAAUGACAUCCUUUUUGGAAGACCAAGAUCCAGAGAGUAGACUAGAGGUUGGCACUGAUAUGCGUAAAAUUCAUCACUGUUUUCAUCAUUUAAAGAAGCUUGUGAAUGACAAGCAGAUCCUUGGGAAGAAUCCAGGCCUCUCUGAAACCAAAGACCAAGACUGCCAAGAACCCUUGAGAGAGGAAGAAUACAGAAAGCUCCAGGACGUACUGAAGCAGAGAGACAACGAAAUCAAUAUUCUAGUCAACAUGUUAAAAAAGGAAAAGAAGAAAACUCAAGAGACUGGCCUCUUAUCUAGCAUGGAUAGGAGUGAAAUCAGAACCUCACAGGACUCGCCCUUCCCACCCGGGAACCCACAGGAAACGCAGAGGACAUCGUUGCCUUUGGUUCCAGCACAGGCCCAGGACUUUGGCACGUCCCCGUACAGAUCCAGUUUGCUGCACAAGAAAACAGGGAUGAGAGAGGAAAUGUCAUUCGGACGCCAGCAGGCUUUUGAAAUCUUCAAGAGGGACCACGCUGACAGCGUUACCAUUGAUGACAACAAACAGAUUCUGAAACAGAGAUUUUCUGAAGCAAAAGCCCUGGGAGAAAGUAUAAAUGAAGCCAGAAGGAAAAUCGGUCACCUGAAGGACACCAUCACACAGCGGCACAUGCAGCAGGUGGCCCUCGGAAUCUCAGAAAACACGGCCGUGCCCCGGGUGCCCGAUCCGCAGGAGGAGGAUCUUCGACGGCAGCUGGAGGAAGAAAAAUCGAGGUACAGAGCAAUGUUCACACAACUCAAAGCCCUGAAGGUGGAGAUCGAGCAUCUGCAGCUGCUCAUGGACAAGGCCAAGGUCAAGCUGCAAAAAGGGUUUGAAGCCUGGUGGGCAGCAGAGGCCAGCAGCCUGCAGGUGCAUUCUCCAGCGGCGAAUCCACAGGGUCCAGUGAAACCUUUUCCCCAGACCUCCAAGUCCCAGAAGGACCAGUCCCAGCUUCUGUCUAACAGAAGGGACCUGACGGGCAGGAACAUCCCGCCCACGCCUUACCCCGGCCCAGCAGGGCGGGAGCAGCGCAGCUCCAGCGCCCAGCCCGAUGGCAGGUUUGUGUCUCGCCACCCGCACCCGGCUGUGACAGCCCCUGCCUCGAAGAGGGGCCUGCAGCCGCCCAUCUGCCCCUCCCACGACCCGAGGCACCCAGUCCAGUCCCCAUUCAGGCAGCCCAAGGCCAGCUUUGACCCAGACCCCGGCAACCCCGGAAUCUCAUAUUCCCGCCUGCUGACUCCAGGCCUGGGCAUCUUCGGCGCUCUGUGCCCUUGGGCCGGAAUCGCCCACUCACCUGCUCACCCUGUGACUCCCCUUCUCCUGGAGCUGCCCACACUGGCCCAGGGGUGCACAGCGCUGACACCCGGAGACUUCAUCCCUGAGGGGCCAAUGUCGUCCAUCCCCCUCACCGGAGACAGCCGGACAGACUCCGACAUCCUGGCGUUCAUCAGGGCCAGACAGAGCAUUCUGCAGAAGAAAUGCCUGGGUAGCAACUGACUUUCCGGUGAGAGGCGAGAGUCCGGCCACAGCGCUGCAGGAGUGGAGAACCAAGGCCCCACCCCUCACUUGAGACUUUGGAAGUGACCUGGGGGUGCUGGGAGCAGCUGGUGAAUUUGAACCUGGGGAGAGGCCCUGUCGCUUUAAGGGUGGCAGCCUGGAGGCCGACCAAGGAGUGGUCCUUCCUGUGGUUGCCGGAGGGCCAGGCCAGGUGGUGCAGGAGGGGCUUCAGCUUGCUGUUGCAGUGCUGUUCUGUGCACAGAGCAAGCAGCCUCGGAAUGCAGGGUGGGCCAGUGAUCGGGGUCCUGCCACCCCCUGCUGGAGGAGCUCAGGAGCCACUGUGCCAGGUCAGCAGGACUUCAGAGCCCAUUCAGACGGGAACGAGGGCCAAGCCCGAUCUUCCAGCCGAAACUCCACGGUCACCCUCCUGCCUUGACAAACUGCAGCAGCUCUGAGCCAGCUGUGUCCCUGAAGCCAGGCACCCAGUGGACACUGCAGCAGCAGAGGACAGUGGGCGGCUCCCGAGAGCUCUGCGGAGAGGGUAGUGGGGCUCCAUGGACAUCAGCUUCUGCCCAGCCACUGCUCCCCACCCCACAAAGAACAGAGCUGCCUGCACCCUCUCAGGGAGCCUCCCAGCCCACAGGCACUGGCUUGGAGACUUAGGUCCCAAGGGUGAGCCCUGGGCCUCCAGGAGGCCUUGGACAGUGGCUGCAGGCAUCGGGGCUCCCCAGCGGCAGUUGGGGUGGGGCAUGGAGGGUAGAGAGGGGUGGCCCUGGACACAAGGGCAGCAGAA